AUGCCCGGCAGGAGCAAGAACCUAAGAAACACCUCCCUGCUCUCAGGGAGCCCUCUAUCCCAGACUCUCAUCCCCUCCGACAUCCUCUCCAGCCCUGACCAAGAAUGGGUAACCUCCCGGGACCUCGCAGAGCCCUGUCUGCCCUACAUCCCGGAGAUCAUGGAAGAUGUGACGGUCUUCCUGCUGGGCAAUAUCAAUAUCAACUCGAGCCAUUUGUUCCGGGCUGAUAUCUUGUAUGAUAGCUUGGGGCUGCUGAAGACGCCGUGGCAGAAGGAGAGGGUUCAUGCGAUGGGCCAGGACGGUGCCGGGGGUGAUGAUGUCGCGAACAGCGGUGCUAGUGUUAGUGAAGAUGCUGAGGCCGAGACAGAGGCUGCAGAGACGGUGGAGCCUAUCCCCGCCCAGGACGUUCCUGGCUUCGAGUUGACCAGGACCGUGGUGAGACGGUUUAUUCCUCGGAAUCCGAACCUGGAUCGGGAGUUGGAGCAGACGUGUCAUUUCUAUGAUAGGUUCAAGGGCAGCGAAAAGGAUGGUGAUUUGUCGACGCCCGCGUCUCGAGAUGUGCUGGUCGUUUACACGCCUCAUGCGACUUCCAAGGAAGACACGCCGUACUACCAUCCCCAGAUCCGGGCAUUGGCGUUACUCUACCAGUUCGAGUACAAUAGCCCAGAUGCCGCAAGCGCAGAAGCAGGAUCAGAGGACGAGAGAUCACCCGGUUCAGGCACCCUAUCGCUACACUUCCUCCCCUUUGCGGACGAGGAAAUCUCCAACCGCCUAGAACGCACCCUCAACGCCCUCAUCAACACCCAGAUCCGUCUUGCGCGCGGAACCCGCCUCGCCAACGAGGCCGGGAAAGCACCCGGAAAGGGCUCAAACCGAGGCGGCGGCGAGGGCCGUGGUGGCGGCGACAAGCCCAAUAAAGAUAACAUCAUCCCGCAGCAUCUGGUGCAGAACACCUACACGCGACUGAAGUUCAAAUAUGGGCCCGACCUCUGCCGCGACUGGGUCGAGUCUACGGAGCCUAGCAAGCAUGUCUUCGAGGAUCUUAGCAUUACUGCGUUCUUGAUCGAGUUGUGGCGAAGCAUGUACGGCGUUUGUCCUGCCGACGAACGCACCGGACAGGCUCCCUUGGAGCAAGGAGACGAUGCACAACCAGAAGACAAAGAUCAAGAUUCCCAGAUAUCCGACUUCCCCGGCUUCGUCGACGUGGCCUGCGGGAACGGCGUGCUCGUCUACGUCCUCCUGAUGGAAGGAUACAAAGGAUGGGGAUUCGACGCCCGCCGACGAAAAACUUGGAGUAUAUUCCCGGCCGACGUACAAGACCGCCUCAAAGAGGAGAUCUACAUCCCGAAACCGUUCCACGACGCACUUGCUCCUGCAGAUUCGUCCUCACUAGACCAAGUUCCAUCCAACUUCGACUUCGACCUCGGCGUCAAAUCCCACACCGGCACCUUCCCUCCCAACACCUUCAUCAUCUCCAACCACGCCGACGAACUCACCCUCUGGACGCCUCUCAUGGGCGCCCUCUCUAGCCUGGAAUCCCCUCUACCAUUCCUAGCAAUCCCCUGCUGCUCACAUGCCCUAUCUGGUCUGAAAUACCGAUACCCACCACCGAAGCCUCAAACUCGAGAAGACGACGACGACACCCGUCAAGAAACCACCGCCACCCCCAACAAGGACAUAUCGUCUCAAGACCCGACUGCAGAUGAUGCAAACACAGACUCUCACGGCUCCCUACACGCCCUCCGCCAGGCCAAACUCGCCUCCCAACCGGGCAACACGGGCUUCUACAAAUCCACCUACGGAUCCCUCACGGCCAAGACGAUGUCCGUGGCCCAGGAGAUCGGAUACGGCGUCGAGAGCACCCUCCUCCGGAUCCCGAGUACCAGGAACAUGGGCGUGAUUGGGGGAAGGGAGGUCGUGAUGCGGGAAUGGCGGGAGAAGAAGAGGAAGAUGGGGAGGGUUGUGCAGACUCAGACUAUUACUCAUUUGCAGGCGCAGGAACCCAUGUCUUCGGGCCCUGAAGAGCCGAACCCCGAGGAAGCAACUGAUCGGGUCAUGGAUGUCGUUCAUCGGGAAUGUGCGCGGGACGGGGGAAUUGCCAGCGCGGCGCAGAUCUGGGUUGACCGGGCGAGAGGGAUACAUAAAGGUCCCGGGAGGGGGAAUUUGAAUCAUCACUGUGGUACUGGGGGACAUUGA